CGAAUUUACUGUUCUCACAAUUUCAUUGGACACCCUGACGUUCACGCAAUGACAAACCCGGAAAUGUGUAGAAGAAACUCAGCAGUCGGUGAAAAACUGCGUAUUUAAAAAGAAUGGCUGCCUCCGGGAAGCUUGCAUCUUUCCGUUUGCCUCCUCUGCCCACUGUCAGUGAGUUGAUAAAGCUGUACAACCUGCGAGCUGAGAAACACCUUUCCCAGAACUUUCUGUUGGACUUGAGGCUGACAGACAAAAUAGUGCGCCAGGCAGGCAAUUUGAAGGAUGCCCACGUGUGUGAAGUGGGCCCGGGUCCGGGUGGCUUGACCCGCUCCAUCCUGAACUCGGGGGCGACAGACCUGCUUGUGGUGGAGAAGGAUUCGCGCUUCAUUCCUGGAUUAAAGCUGCUUUCUGAGGCAGCACCAAACAGGUUGAGGAUUGUCCAUGGUGACAUUCUUACCUACAGAAUGGACAGAGGAUUCCCACCAAGUAUCUGUAAGCCAUGGGAGGAAGAGCCGCCAAACUUGCACAUCAUCGGGAAUUUACCAUUCAAUGUCUCCACCCCUCUCAUCAUCCGUUGGCUAGAGAACAUGGCUAACAGGACUGGUCCUUUUGCUUACGGGCGCACGCGACUGACGCUCACCUUUCAGAAAGAGGUCGCAGAGAGGUUGAUAGCCAGCACGAAGAGCAAACAGAGGAGCCGCCUGUCCAUCAUGGCUCAGUAUCUCUGCACCGUCCACCACCGUUUCAUCAUCCCCGGAAGGGCCUUCGUUCCCAAACCAGAGGUGGACGUGGGAGUUGUUCACUUCACCCCUCUGGUUCAGCCUCUCAUCCAGCAGCCCUUCAAACUGGUGGAGAAAGUUGUCAGGAAUAUUUUCCAGUUUCGCAGGAAGUUCUGCCACAAGGGGAUCGGAAUGUUGUUCCCCGAGGCGUGUCGGGAAGCUCUCACAGAGGAAAUGAUGCACAAGGCGGACGUGGAGCCCACCCUGCGCCCCACCGAACUCACCAUCCCCCACGUUAAGGCCCUAGUGGACGUCUACGCUGAAAUGUGCAGCCGGGAGCCGCAUCUGACGGGCUACGAGUACAGAGAAGAGCUCAGACUCAAACACUUGGCCAAGCGGAGAGGAGCACAGACGGACAUGCCGAGCGGGACGCCAGAGAGCCCCGAGCAACCAGAGUGAAAAGGACAAAGAGAGAGAAGGGCUGCCGUUAGCUGCCUUGACAUUUCCACCUGGCGCCGACAUGCAUUUUUUAACACGGUUUUACACGCAACCAAGAGCAACAACUGUGUGUGUGUGUGUGUGUACAUGAAGGCAAGGGACAAAGAAGCACAUCAUGGAUGUUUUUUUGUUGUUGUUUGUCGAAUAGCUGAAGUGUCUGCUGAAAGAGCUAAUUGGGCAUCCGUGUUUCAUGGCUUUCUGAGUCCAACUCACACAUCACAUCUCACCAUCAUGUUGGUGUCAACAACAUAGCUGCACCGUAUCCAGGUCAAUUAUUGGCUUACACUGCGUGCGCCACUGUCACUUGGGAGGCGGAGCCACACGGGAGGACAAGCGAUGGGGAAAAUGUGCGUGAAUGUGUGACGUGUUGUGGAAAACAAGUCUGGAUUUGAAAAGUUCACUUUUGGCUGAAGUCAAGUCAUGAUUCUUCUCCAAAAUCAUCUGUCGUUACUGGAUCUUACCUGGAUAGUCUCAUAUUGAUGUUCAAUAAAACUUGAUAUUUCUCACUGUUGAUGGUGUCCCGUUAUAACACCCCUAUAUGCACUUUUACACUCAUGUAUUCCUUAUUUAUAAACUGAAUAUUUUCAUACUUUGACCUUCUAAAUACAUUUUUAAACAUUAGAGCUCACUGGAUAUAAAAUAACAACCCUAUAGUCACUUUUACACUCGUAUUCCUUAUUUAUAAAUUCAAUAUUUUCAUAUUUUGACCUUCUAAAUACAUUUUUAAACAUUAGAGCACACUCGAUGCAAAAUAACACGCCUAUAUUCACUUUUACACUCAUGUAUACCUUAUUUAAAAAUGGAAUAUUUUCAUACUUUGACUUUUUAAAUACAUUUUUAAACAUUAGAGCACACUAGAUACAAAAUAACUCCCCAUAGUCACGUUUACACUCAUGUAUUCCUUAUUUAUGAAUUUCAUAUUUUCAUACUUUGACCUUCUAGA